AUCGGAAUCGGAAAUUACAUGUGUAUCAAAAUGGCGUCCUCGGACCAAAUGUAAUUUAAACAAUCGUUUCUACAACGAUCAUUUAAUAGUCACAGAAAAUAGCGUAAAUUGGUGAGAACUAACACAGUUUACAUAAACCAUUUAGGCACCGGCAACCCUAUUUUUGAGCCCAAUAAAUUAAUAUAAGUGCAAUACAUUAAAGACUUAUUAUUUGCCUGAACUGAUGGAACUGCAGGCAAUUUUUAAAAUUUAAACACUUGACUUCACUUUCAGUUUACUUCACUCACUGACUCAGUGAUGGCGACAAUGGAAAUGGUUAUUUAUAAUAUAACACUUAUUUAUUGUUUUUCAAGUGUAUUUGUUUGUUUAAAAUCGAUUAAAGUUUGCUUAUUGUCUUGUCUGUCAUAUGAGUGCCCAUCCUCAGAAAUUAUUUUGUUUCUUACUUUUACCUUGAUAGGCAAUAGGGUCAGGGUUGAAAUGACCUAAGAAAUUGUGAAUUUUAGAAAUUAGUAAUGAACUGAAUGGGUUUUUCCUAGAGCUAUCGUACCCUAAGGCCAGUGGCAUCACUUUGGGGGAAUACCAACAACACUGGACUAAGUAGUCUAAGUAGAUACUUCGCCGAAGCAAAUGACGCUCUUAAUAAAUUUGUAUCGGAAAUGGGCGUUGCCGCAGUAGAAUCCGAGUUUUUAAUUUUUUCAUGUGCAUGUAAUUUGAAUAAAGUAGGAGUCCUUUUGGCCCAUAAUUAAGGUUUGACUCCGCCCAUUAACAUUAGGAGAAAUGUUGAACUACAUUACCAUUGAGUUAAUUUGUUCUUUAUCUCAACUUUACGUGAGGAAAAUCAUAUGUCAAUAUAGGGCAUAUUCGCAUUAAAAAAUUUGGUCUAAAUAUUCUAAGUAGGUCUUUCAUAUUAAAAGUAGGCCUGCAUAAUUUGUUGAAGUACACGUGUGCAAAAUUUCAUUGGGAUAACUCAUGAAACAUUUUCACAAUUCUCCUCAAUGUUGACCUCAUUUUGCAAAGGUUGCACAGGCCAUAUUGGAUUAGUGAUCCCACCCCCUUUUAAAUGGUGGAAAAUGCAGAUACUUAGCUUAGGAAAUAUUCAUUAUUACCUCUAUAUACAUCAAAAUAUUUGAUAACUUGUGUUUCAGAAUGCAUUUUAAAGACAUUUUAACUAGAAUGUUAAAAUUUGAGCUUUAAAAACCCGAUGGAGUCCAUAUUAUUAACGAUCAGAAUUGACCGUGUGCAAAAAGUCAUGGGAAACCAUUCACAGCCAUUUGCAUAAUGCUAUGCCGUAGUACUACCUUAAGUUUCAUUCAUAAGAGUUUGCCGUGUGCAAAAACUAUUAACACCAUUGGUCAGGGAAAGCUUUAGUUAAUUAGUCAUGUGCCAAAUUUGAAAGUGCUAAAUGAGUAGAUCACAAACAAUAUUUUAGGGGGUGCGUUGCCUUAUAUAGACUAUAUAGCAUAUACCGGUAUAAUGGACGCUGUAGAUUUGGUAAACAGAAAAGCCAUAUAUUAUUUUAAAUUUUUUGUUAUACAUAAAAUUAUCAUUAAAACAAGAGUUAUAUAGCUCAUGAUGCAAACAGCGGAAUUGGGUCACAGAAUUGGGAGAUGCAGUCCAUGUUAAAAAAGGACAAACGAAGUCGUACUUUAAAAAUUCAUAAAUUUUAAACUACAAUAGCUAAAAAUAUGAUUUUGGUGUUAUAAUUCUGUAAAAAAUUAGCUCUAUUCAACUAUGCCAUUGGUUUAUUUUUACAAAAUGUUAACAUUUUUGUCCAAAGUACCUAGAGUAAGGUUGAAUAGACUAGACCAAUUGAGAAUUGUCAAAUCAAUUGUUGGCCCUGAAGGAUGUGUAUUUUAUUUUUAAUUAUAACUUCCACGUUCUUCACUGAGAAUUAUUUGUGUAAUAAACUAAAUCUGAUUAUCAAUAAAAUUAAUUUGAAUUAAAUUAUAAAAUGAAAUUUUCCCUGUGAACACUGGUGGAAAAAAAAAGACACGCUCAAUGUACUUUGUUUUGAAUGUCUGAAAAAAAGAGUACUUCUAUGCUAUGCUAUUCCUUACUAUGCCAUUGCACUGGACAUUUCACCAUAAUAUUCUGGGGAGCAGAAACCCCUCCUCCCACUUUCAAUACAUUGGAGCCCUAGGAAUAGUUGGCAUUCAGAGGGCAUAAUUUUUUGUCUAAAUCAAUGUUCCCCAAAUUCAAUUGGUGAUCAUGCGUCUAAUUCAAUGAACCUAAUAUUUCAGUUGUACAAGCAAGUAAGCUUAAUUAAAAAAGAAAAUCAAAGAUGGAUUUUCAGCAUCGAGCUGGAGGUAAAACUGGCACAGGAGGUGUUGCCUCAGCAUCUGAGAGCAAUCGAGAUAGGAGAGAGAGACUUAGACAGUUGGCUUUGGAAACCAUAGAUUUAAAUAAGGUUGGUUAGCCUUACCCUUGUUAUUGAUUAUUAAAUUAAAGGCCUCACUCAAUUACAUUGAUUAAAAGAGAUUAAACUUUAUUUAUGGAAAAUCAAAAAAAAAAAUGCAACAAAAAAAAAAAAAUCAGAAAAAAAAGUGUAUACCGGUAUAGAUUUAAAAAUUUAAUUUUUGAUGAACUUUCAUAUUCAUUUUUAAUAUCUGGCUUGGUAAAAGAGAUUAAAUUUUAUUUAUGGAAAAACAAAAAAAAAAAUGCAACAAAAAAAAAAAAAUCAGAAAAAAAAGUGUAUACCGGUAUAGAUUUAAAAAUUUAAUUUUUGAUGAACUUUCAUAUUCAUUUUUAAUAUCUGGCUUGGGAAUUAAUAGAAAAAUUUUCCCAGAAAUAGUUUACCAUAAGAACUAUUGGUAUGCAAAAGGAACUUUUUAUUAUGUUAUGCACCUCUGUAUAUUUUUGUUCUUAUUUUGCCCUAUAAUAUUAUUUUGAGAUGAGCUUCUCCACUUUGCAGCUCUCGUUCUUCUGAUACGCUAAACAAAUAUUUCUUUUUCAGGAUCCAUAUUUUAUGAAAAAUCAUCUCGGUUCCUAUGAAUGCAAAUUGUGUCUUACUCUUCAUAAUAAUGAGGUAGGUUUUUAAUUUUUCAUUUGCUUGCGCUUUAGUCAUAGAGAAUAAUUUGAAUGCUUUAUCCUUGAAGUAAGCUGUUGCAGUUAAAAUUUAUAACACAAAUUGGAAAAUUCAAAUUGUAAAAAUAAUAUUACUUUUAAAGCUCCUUAGUCUGAGAUGAAAUUUUAGCUGUUUUAAUUAUUUACUGGUUGUCACCCCAGAAAUGCAUUUUAUAUCAUAAGCAGAUUGAAAAUAAAGUAAUUGAUAAGAUAAAUUAAAAUGUUUAUUUUCAAGAUUUCAGACUUCAUACUCAUCAUCUUGUUUAUUUAUCUGUUCUCAGGGCAGCUAUUUGGCCCACACACAAGGAAAGAAACAUCAGAGUAACUUGUAAGUUAAGGAAAUUAAAGAGUCACUACAACUAUUUCUAACUACUGAUCCAAAAAUAUUGAUAAAAAAAUAUUUGCAUUUUAUUUUCAUGAUUUUAUGUUUUUGUUUAAUUAAAUUAUGUUGUUUAAAAAUUUCUUUAUUUCUUAUAUUGUAUAUAAAAAAAAAGAGUUUACUAUGAGUGAGUAAGAAAAUAAAAACGCUAAUCCUUAUUCAAAGGUAAAAAAUUAGAAUUUAUAAAUGGCAAUGCUUUUAGUGACCAGACGCUUCUUUUAUCUCAAUAUGUCACUAAAAUAAAGCUAUAAUUAUAAAUAUUUAACUUUCUUAUCAUUUUUUUGCAAAUAAUGACUAAUUUCCAUUUGUAAAUGUAUUAAAAAAUGUAUAAUUUCUUUAAGAGCCCGUCGUGCAGCCAAAGAAGCUAAGGAUGCUCCUGCACAACCUGCCCCAGAGAGGCCAAAAGUCGACAUCAGGCGCUUUGUCAAGAUUGGCAGACCUGGUUACAAGGGUAGGAUUUUUAUUUAAAAAAGGCUAGAUCGGACUUUCCAUCUAUACACUUCCCCUUGUUUGCAGAACUGUGAGGUAUAUGACAAUAAAGUACUCUUUUAUGAUGCCCUGGAGAAGAAAGUGCUUAACACAAUGUAAUUUAAAUAUCAUUGUUCACAAAAAAUAAUAUAUGUUACUUAGGUGUCGUAAUUCUAUUAAAGUAUUUAAAAACGCCAUGACCAUCAUUGUCACAAGUUAGAACUUAUUUCUCAUUUGCUUUUAUUGUUUACCUACCUCAACAGCACAAAAUAUAUGGACACAUUUUUGUCUAAGGCUUUUCAUAACACUUAGACCUAUUCCAAUAUUGACUUUUUCUUGUUGCUUCUCAUACGCUUCAGAUUGUCUCUUUCAAAUGACUUUGUUUUAUGCUCUUAAGCACUUUCUCUUAAAAAUGACAUUUUUUUUAUACUCUCAGAACAUUCAGACUUUAUUACAGGGAUUUUUCUUUUGCUUCUCAUAAAUUGCAGACUUUCUCUUACAUUUGACUUUUUCUUCUGCUUCUCAUUACAUUCAGACUAUCUCUUAUAAAUUACUUUGUUUUAUGUUCUCAUAACAUUCAGUCCUUCUCUUACAGUGACAAAACAGAGAGAUCCAGAGUCCAUGCAACAAUCUCUACUAUUCCAGGUAAUUGUAUUCCUUUACACUAUCUGUAAAAUAAAUAAAUAUUAAAUUUAAUUAUAUUUUUAAAUUAUUAUUCUAUUUUGUACUACUUUUCUUUUGAUGAUCUAAAUUAUCUUUUAAUAGUUGAGAUUAAGAUUUUUGUGCUCAUUUUUUUCUAUUUGCACCUUGAUUAUCCAGAUUGAUUAUCCUGAGAUAGUUGAGUCCAUUCAGCCCCGCUACCGAUUCAUGGCAGCAUAUGAACAGAGGAUUGAGCCCCCUGAUAGGAAAUGGCAAUAUCUUUUAUUUGCUGCUGAACCAUAUGAAACAAUAGCUUUCAAGGUAGCUGUCUUCAUGGCUUAUAUUUCAACCAUCAGCUGCUUUUGAAAGAAAAAACUUAGAAUUGUUGUAACAGCCCUGUUGCAGAGUAAAACCAACAUCGUUUACAAAACUGUAGUGUUACGGUAUUGCUGACCUGUUUACUCUAAAGAUUUUGGCGUACAAUGUACGAUUUUGAUAUCUUUUACAACUGUACGCUUGUCAGAUCUACUAUUUUAAGAGAUCCUGUGGAAAAUAUAUACAUUCUGGUAGUUUUUCCCCCAUUAAAAACAAUUUUAAAAAAGUGCCUUUCAUUUGUUAGUUUUAGCUCCUUUCUACAUCCAGCAGUGAAUGGUUCAAGAAAUACAAUAUUUAUAAUUAUAUUAGUUUGCCCUGAGAGGGAGAGUGGGUGGUGUUGUUGAUUUAGGAGAUUUGGAGAUUUUAUAUGAGAGGGGGGGGGGGGGGGGGGGGGGAGUGUCAAAAUGUUUAAGCCCAUAAAAUGAACACUGAAGGUCAUAUUAUUGAUUUGUAUUUUCAUAAUGAACUCGCUAGACACAACAACUGUAAUAUUAGUGUAUUUGCCCUCGCAACAAUUUAAUUCAAUCCUCGCUUUGUGCUGUAUGACAUUAUUUCGUUCGGCUGUUCCACAGUGAAUGCAUAAGCGAAGAAAAGUAAUUAGUUACAAAAUAAGAAUGCGUGCUCAACUGUUCCUGACAGCAACAUUAGAUUUCAACAUAUUUUAUAGGAUCUGAAAAGGCCUAUGAAAUCUAUUUUUAGAAAGCACAAAGAUUUUUAAUACCCCUGCUUGCUUCAAACACUCCUCUUCCUUUUACCCAUUUACAGCUUGUGGAGGUUAUCAGGAAAAGGAAAUUGAAUAUUUAAUAGUUAAUUUUCUUUCUUCUAGGUACCAAGCAGAGAAGUGGACAAAGACCCUAGGAAGCUUUGGACUCAUUGGAAUAAAGAAACCAAGCAGGUAGUUGAAUCCUCUAAUAUUAGUAAUUGUAGAAUAGAGGGAAAUUCUUUUCUAAAAUUAAAAAGCAUAAAAUGUUGAAAAUUGAAAUGUACGUAUCUUCUUAAUGGUCAUUUCAUUUUAUUAAUUAAAAAAAUAAAUUAGACUCCUAUAAGACCAUGGCUAUGAGUUAAAUCAUAGUUUAUUUUGUAUUGAAUAAUAUUGAGUUUAACAAGUUUAGUCAACAUUUUAUUCAAUGUUUAAAUUAUCUGGAUUUCAUUAAAACUGAAAUUUAAAACACCUUUUUAGAAGUAAUAUUACAAGUAAAAGACACCAUACUGAUGAUGAAUUUACUUCUUUUCACCAGUUUUUUCUGCAGUUUGCCUUUAAGGUCGACCCGAAAGGUACCAGGGCCUCCAGUCCAAAACCUUUACAGCCAGCUUCAUCUGUACCCUCUAUCAUGGGCGGGCCACCACCUCCUCCUCGCAUGCCACCACCACCAAUGCCACCGGGUGGAGGAAUGAUGCCAUUCGGUGUGAGAUUUCCCCCUCCCCCAGGUCCUCCGAUGGGAAUGCCCCCACCUCCUGGCAUUCCGGCACCUCCGAUGCCACCGGGCAUCACCCCGCCACCACCCGUCCUCCGCCCUCCCGCACCACCGGGGAUGACGGCUCCUCCCCCUCCCCCCGUUCCACCCCCACCACCAAUGACCGGCAUGUUGGCCCCUGUUGCACCUCCGCCACCCCCGCCACCUCCCUCAUAAAAAUUUUUUUAAUGUGUCCGUUAGUUGAGGUUUUGAUUGUGGAACUCUUCAUCAAAUUUGUUGAACAUAUUGUAUUAGGAGUGCGCUUAGAUCCAUCUGCAGAUGUUAAAAUUUAAUGUAACAAAAACAAAUGGUUUCUUCAAAGAUCUGUUUAUGAGCAAGAUUUGAAAGAUUUAGGAUUGUAUCUGGUUUUGACAAGUUCAGCAUGAAGACGUAAAUAUUGGUAUCUGUUUGAUAACCCUUGAGUUGGGACAGGUAACAAAUACAUGUUUUCCUCUCCCGUAACCUUUUAUGUACUGGGUAUUGCUUUGUUGAUUUUACUGACCAAUUCAGGUUUUAACGUUGGUAAUAAACAAUUGUAAUGAAAAACA